CUCACUCUCAUGCAUAGCUUCUGGCUUCCGGCGUGACUUCUCCCGAAAGCGUUUGAGCUUAUUCUGCUUAUUUUCCGAAGCUAUUCUCCUGAUGGAUGGUUUUUGGAAAACGCUUGGCUUGGGCGCGCUCCUGUCGCCCGUGCUAUACGCGCUUUAUCUCGCAAGCCUAAUCGUCAUUCCUUACCUCAAGUCGUUGCCGCUUCGCCGCAAGCUGCGCCACCUGCCUGGCCCCCCUGUGACGGGCUUUUUCCUGCUCGGCAACGUCCCCGACCUAGUGCGCACGCCGGUGCACCAGUGCAUGGCGCGAUGGGCCGAGCAGUACGGCAAGAUCUUCAAGUUGGAGCUGCCCACCAUGACGGCUGUUGUGCUGACGGACCCCGAGGCGGUGUCCCAGGUGCUCAAGGUGGACCGCUUCGAGAAGCUCACCACCAGCUACCAGAACAUGGAGAAGUUGACCGCCGAGCAGCAGCCCAACAUUCUCACGGAGCCGCUCAGCGCCUACUACAAGGCCGUGCGCCGCGCCGUGACGCCCGCCUUCAGCACUGCCAACCUCAGGCGCUUCUUCCCGCUGCUGCUGGACAUCACGCAGCAGGUCAUGACGGGGCUGGCGGCGGCCGGACCCAGCGCCGCCCUGGACCUGGACCGGGUGGCGCAGCGGCUGACCAUCGACGUGAUCGGGCGCUUCGCCUUCGACCGCGACUUCGGCGCCACAGCCGACAUCGCCAAGACCAACGAGGCUCUGCAGGUGGUGGGCGAGCUGAUGACGGCACUGCAGCGCAUGCUCAACCCGCUCAACCGCUGGUUCUGGUGGCGCAAGGAGGCGCGGGGGCUGUGGGCCAGUCGCCGCCGCUAUGACGCGCUGGUGCGGCGGGCGCUGGAGGACCUGCGGUCCAGCCCGCCCGCGCAGCACACGCUGCUGCACCACCUCAUGAGCCUGACCGACCCGGACACGGGCAAGCCGCUGUCUGCCCGGCGGCUGCGGAGUGAGACGGCGCUGUUCUGGAUCGCCGGCUUUGAGACCACGGCGCAUGCCAUUGGCUGGACGCUCAUGUUCAUCGCGGGCAGCCCCGAGGUUGAGUCGCGCGUUGCCGCGGAGCUGGAGGGUGCGGGGCUCCUGGCGGUGCCUGGGCGGCCGGAGCCGCGCCAGCUGGCGUGGGGCGACCUGGGCGGCCUCAAGUACCUGAACGCGGUCAUCCACGAGUCGAUGCGGCUCAUGCCGCCAACCAGUGGCGGCACCGUGCGUGUGGUGCCUCGCGACACGCAGCUGGCGGGUCACGUGCUGCCCAAGGGCACCAUGCUGUGGAUCCCCUUCUACGCCAUGCAGCGGUCGGAGCGGGUGUGGGGCCCCGACGCCGCGCAGUUCAGGCCCGAGCGCUGGCUGGCCGCCGCGGCCGGGGCAGGCGGGCCGGGUGUCGCUGCGGAGGAGGAUGACAUUGUGCGGGCGGCGGACACACAGUCGGCGCGCGGCUUCCUGCCGUUCAGCGAGGGCCCGCGCAACUGCGUGGGGCAGUCGCUGGCGCUGCUGGAGCUGCGCACCGCCCUGGCGCUGCUGUGCGGCAGCUUCAGGUUCCGCCUGGCCGACGACAUGGGCGGCGUGGAAGGCGCUGUGUCGGAGGCGCGGCAGCACAUCACACUUAAGCCGGGAGACCGCGGGCUGCUCAUGCACGCCAUCCCCCGGGUGCCGGCGUGAGAGGGGAGGGGGCGAGGCGAGAGGAGAACUGACACAACAGAGAGCGAGGGAGGGGAGGGGCGGGCGGGGAUUAAGUGAUAUGCGAGAUGUUGGAGGUAGCCCAGUGGCAGGGAGGCCGCCCCUGGGUUGGCCUGUGCUUUGGGGUUACAUGCGUGUGCAGGCAAGAGUCGCAUAGGUGCAAUCGUUACACGGUAAUGGCGACUGGGGAGCACCUGACUACCGUACACCUGGUACUCCCGUUCAUCAGGCUUGAGGCAUUGUGGUGCCGUUGGAAGCGUUUCAAGGGGCAUGACCUUUUGGCGUAGUUGUGUUGUGAUGUUGGUUGCCGCAAUAGCGCGGCCUGGCUGGCCGCGCCGCCGCGAUUGUUUCAUGGGUGUGCGAUGGGACAGUGUUUAGGCAGGUUGGGGGAGUCCCAUAGGGUUCAGCUGAUUCCCAGCAGAUGGCUAUUGUUUCAUGGGAGGUAUCCGCGGCCAACAGACCGCUAGAGGCUGGAAAAAGUGGGUGUCGCGUGCGGAUGUGGUUCUGGCGAGAGUUAUGCAUUGGUUGCAAAAGGGGCAUGCGUGGCUGCGCCCGUGCGCUGCAAUGCGCACUGGAUGUCUCCGCAGCAGGCCAUACUAGUCUCGGCGUCUUCGGGACUGUCCCCUCUGUAACAUCCGCAUUCA